AUGAAUCGAGCCUGUAAUUUGCUAACAAACAUUAUUGCGGUUAUAAUAUUAUCCAGCACGGGAACAAUAAUCAUGGGAAACAAUAUUUACGAUUGGAAAAUCAUAGAAACAUUGGCAGAGAGGCAUCCAUACAUUGUGGCUUUAUUGAAUAACACAAAGAAUUAUGCAUGCACAGGGGUUAUAAUAGAUCAUCGUUCUAUUUUGACGUCUGGAGCCUGUGUACACCCCGAGCCUUUGUACGUUGCAGUUGGAAGCGCCAUAGCAGGUCAAAGGACAAACGACAAUAACAUCUUCAAAAUUGCGUAUACAAAAGCACACGAAGAUUUCUUUUUCGAAUUAGGGAGGAAUUAUAACGUCACACGUAUGCACAGCAACAUCGCUCUCGUUUUUACUGUGAAGCCUGUCUUAUUGUACUUUUGUGAGAGCGCAAUUUUGGGGAACUACUUUGAAUCGGAAUUGAAGGAUAAAAAACUAUCUACUACGGGGUACGGUGAGCUUAGGAACGCGUUGACAGUAUUACAACACCAACGGUACAGGCAGGUAGCGUGUACAAACCCAAAAUGGUAUUACUGCAUUUGUGGGAUAGAAUCGUCUGUGGAUACGACAUACGAUCUAUAUUUCGGCGAAGGUGGGCCAGUGUUUUAUGGUGAUGAAGUAAUUGGUAUAUCAUCAUUUCCGUCCGGUUUAAUGAGACUGAAAGAUGACGUCAGGUACAACGUGUUCACAGUUAUAAGCCCGUAUUUAGAAUGGAUAAAAAAGCAACAGAGGAAUGAAUUUCCUGAAUUUCGACACAAUGGAUAUAAUAAAUGUAAACACAAUGUUCAUGUUGUAUUUUUAAUCGCUAUUAAAUUAAUUUUGUGGAAAUAUUGUGCCAGUUAUUACUUUAAUAACAUAUCCUAUCUCUUUAUGUAUAUGUCGCAGCCAACUAGCUUAAUCAGCCGUUAA